UCAUUAAAUAAUUAGGAAAAUGGAAGGUAAAAAUAAAAAUAAAAUCUAAAAAUGCCGAAUCUUCUUCUUCCUCCAUCUACCAUCUCUUCUUCUUCCUCCGCCAAUUGAUUCCAAGUUCCAAGAUAAAGCCCCCAGCCCAAAUCCCUCGAGCUAAGCAAAUAUGAAAGCAAUCGAAAAUCAAGAUCGAGAAGCGGCAACGAGGACCCGUUGAUCUUGAUUGGGCAUCCGACUAUCCGAGGACUUUGAGAAUGCUUAAGAGAUCGUCUUCAAGCUUCUUGACCGGGCAAUCGAGAUUCGUGAGAAGGAACGUUAGGGUUUCCUUGAUAUGUUUACUAGAGGGGGUUUGGUUGGUCGGAAGCGAGGGCGAGGAUUUGGAGGAGAGAUAGUGGUUGAUAGCGUGGAGGGUCUCCACCUGGUGGGAUCGGUCUUUGUAGGUAUCGACCAGAGAGACGGUCGACGGCCUAUGCCGACGGACGACGGUCUACGCGAGGUGUACGAGUCUGGAAGAAGGUCGGGAGAAGAGAUGAGAUCUCGGAGAGCCGGACAGAUCGUGGAUCCUCGCCGUGGUAAUGGCCGGCCUGGUCUUCUUCUGGGUCCUGAUCAGAAGCUUCAUCUGCUCCCUCGCAAGCAAGAAGUUUCGGGCCGCAGCUGAGUACGCCUCCACGCCGGCCCAACUCCAAUUUCCUCAUGUUCGGCCUGAAAUUUGAUUCCUUGAUGUGAAGCGCCCUAAACCCUAAGGGUAAGAUGAUCUUUCCCGAAGGCGCAUGGACAAUGGUAGCGAGCUUCUACUGCCGGCGAUGGCAGAUGAGGGAAAAUAGAGAAAGAAAGAGUGA